UAGGGAACACUUGAGUCUCGCACUUUUUUUAGUUUUCUUUAUUCUUCAAUGUCCUUGUUUUUUCCAUUUCAUCAACCUCAAAAUUUCUAAAUUAAAAACCUUAUGUAAAAACCAUUUCCAUCAUCCACGAGUGGAUGCUGUUUUUAUUAAAUUAAUUUUAAAUGUUGGAGCUGCUCCUUUUAUUGUUGAUUUCUUUGAUACGUGCUUUUAAUAUAAAAUUAUUGUAAAAAAAUUAUUGUCAUCAGAAAAAUUACAUCUUUUUAUUUGACACCCUCUUAAGAAAUGUCCCGAGAAAAAAUUGCUUGGAGGGAAAUGAAAGUACCAAAUUUUUUUGAAUUUAUUUUUAACUCCUUUCAUUAAUUAAUUUUUAUUUUAUUUUAGAAUUUAAAUUGGAAAUUAUUCAAUCAACAACAAAAUUUUAAAGAUGGCUGAUCAUCGAUUUGUUAAAGUCCGUGAAGAUGGGGAAAUAGUUGCUAUUCCUCUGUCAUCUAAUGGAAGAUUGGCUUUGCAUAUGCUGAAGAUUGCUUUCCCGCGUGCUUAUGGCUUAAAGUAUACAGAUCAAAUUGUUCCUACCAGACCUAAUCCAUCAAAAUAUCUUGUCUAUUUUGAUGGAAAAGAAUUUUUUUCUGACCCGAUUGCCGGAUGGAAUGGAAUUUUUGAAGUCUUGUGUACUCCGCCUCCUGCCAGUCCUCCUAGAAGACCUAUGAGUGGUUUGUCUUUCUUGAAAUAA